GCAGUGGCCAGCAGGGGUCGCUAUCACCGCUGCUCGCUGCCGGCUGGCGCUGGGGCCCUCGCGCAUGCUCCGGUGCAGCGGGUGGGGGGCCGAGAGCAGCGAGCGGGCCAGCCGGGGUGGCGGAGCAGCAAGGAGUUUAGCUCUCUAGCAAUAUGCCAGGAAAGCGUGCUGCAAAGAAAAGCCCAACACCGGAAGAAGGGUCUCCGGAGAGGAAGAAGGUUAAAGUCUGCCAUUCGUCACACCGGACGGAGCCUGGCCUGGUGCUGACACUGGGCCAAGGGGACGUGGGACAGCUGGGCUUGGGAGAGGCUGUGAUGGAGCGGAAGAGGCCGGCCCUGGUGCAGCUGCCCGAGAGGAUCAUCCAGGCAGAGGCGGGGGGAAUGCACACCGUCUGCCUGGGCGCGACAGGCAAAAUCUACUCCUUUGGCUGCAAUGACGAAGGCGCCCUGGGUCGCGACACCUCCGCGGAGGGCUCGGAGACCACCCCGGGGCCGGUGGAGCUGCAGGAGAAGGUGGUGCAGGUGUCCGCUGGCGAUAGCCACACGGCCGCGCUGACGGAGGACGGCAGGGUCUUCCUCUGGGGCUCUUUCCGGGAUAACAAUGGAGUCAUCGGUCUGCUGGAGCCCAUGAAGAAGAGCGCCAUACCGGUGCCGCUGCCGCUGGAUGUGCCCGUCCUUAAAAUAGCCUCAGGGAACGAUCACUUAGUGCUGCUGACCGUGGACGGGGACCUGUACACGUGUGGCUGUGGCGAGCAGGGCCAGCUGGGCCGAGUGCCGGAGCUCUUCGCCAACCGGGGAGGAAGGAAAGGCUUACAGCGACUGCUCGUGCCUCAGCGCGUCCCUCUCAAGGGGAGAAGCGGCAAGGGCCGGGUGCGCUUCCAGGACGCCUUCUGCGGGGCCUACUUCACCUUCGCCGUCACCCAGGAGGGCCACGUCUACGGCUUCGGCCUCUCCAACUACCACCAGCUGGGGACGCAGGGCACCGAGCCCUGCUUUGCACCCCAGAACCUGACGGCAUUCAAGAACUCCACCAAGUCCUGGGUGGGCUUUUCAGGCGGGCAGCACCACACCGUGUGCCUGGACUCGGAAGGGAAAGCCUACAGCCUGGGCAGGGCGGAGUACGGCCGCUUAGGACUUGGAGAAGGGGCGGAAGAGAAGAGCGUUCCCACCCCCAUCCCCGAGCUGCCCAGAGUCUCGUCCAUCGCCUGUGGGGCGUCUGUGGGCUACGCUGUCACUCAGGAAGGGCAAGUGUUUGCCUGGGGCAUGGGCACGAACUACCAGCUGGGCACGGGGGAAGAGGAGGAUGUCUGGAGCCCCGUGGAGAUGACCGGCAAGCAGCUGGAGAAUCGCGUCGUCCUGUCUGUGUCCAGUGGGGGGCAGCACACCGUCCUGCUGGUGAAAGACAAGGGGCAGAGUUGAUGACGCACCCCGCAAGCGGCUCAGGGCUGGCGUUUGGGGGCCUCUGGUGGCUUCCUGAGACCACCUGAUUUGUCUGCAGAGUUGGAGGGGAGGAAGCCCCCAGACUCGCCCCCAGCUGCCUCUCACUCUAAUCCCAGGGGCAGAGCCUGCAUGGCUGGCGGGCAGUUUUCCAGGGACACGUUUCCUCUCUGGACGCAUGCGGCUUUGCUGGCCAGUUCAGGGCUCGCUGCCUUUUCCUCCAGCUCAUCCCCGCGUGGUCGCUCCGAAGCCGAUUGUCCAGCGUGGGAGCAGAGCGAGUUCCCCGCUGUUUUAAGCAAUUCCGGGUCCAGCCAGCUCAGGGGCGUUGAGCUUUUUAAGGCCCCCGCAUCCAAAAACCAAAUCCUCCAGUCCCAUCGUGUCUCCCCCACCCCCGUUUCCUUAGAGCUUCCCCCGGCCCUGGGUGAUGUGAGUCACUUUUAUGUCUCUGUUGGCCAAGUCUUUUUAUUGUACAUGGCUGAGCUCCCCCUCCCCUCUGCUGCUUUGUGCGACUUGCUAGCCAGCGUGCUCCCAGCAGACUGGCGCUCAGUCCAGCCUUUGGGCUGGAGGCAGAGGGGCAGGGCGGGGGUGGGGCAGAGGUGCGAGGGAGCGUUCGGUCUCUCCCGGGAGGUUUUCUAGUCCCCUCUAAGAGAUGGAGAAUCGAGGCAGGACUCUGGCCAGACUUUCCAGGGUCAAUCUCGAAAGCCAGUCUCCUAAAUCCAUGUGCCAGGUCCUAAGUGGCCGGGUUCAUUUGUAGCUGCAAAGACCCCAGCAAUCUUCCCGUGGGAGCCGGCGCUCAGGACCGUUGCACACCAGGCCACCUGGAAAAGACUCCCCCAGGACACUUGCACUUGAAUACGUCGUCCUCGGGCUGGACCCUGCCGGGGUGAAGUUUGGAAAAAAUCAUUUGUCUAGUCAGAUCGAUCCAUUCCCCUGUCAAGCAGACAAGAGCCUCCCUCAGCUUCCUCUCUUGGCCGCUUGCUUUUAGAAUUGCAACCGGCCCGUCUUCGCUGCCUGUCUCCAUCUGCUUGGAAAGCUGCAGCAAGGGCACCCGUUUGCAGAUGGCUUCUUGUUUGGGCUGUUCCCCUCGCCCGUUAGGGUUUUAAUUUGCUGUGUAGGCCCCGAAGAGGAAGAGGAAGAGAAGUCAGUUCCAACGAGGCGUUAGAUCACUGCAAGUAGCAAACCCGAUUUAGAACCCUGGAUCGUUUUGUGUGUGUCUAAUUAGCCAGACUCCCUACACCUCUCCCACUCAGUCUCCUCCUGCAGCUGCCUUCCAAACACCUUGAAUAAGAACCGCAGUUCUGCAAAGAUCUGUUUUAUAUAUUAAGUUAUAGCAAUAUGGGGGAGGGGAGGGAGAAAUUGUACAAUGGCUCAUACAAUAGCUUGAUUUUUUUUUUAAAGAAGAAUUUAAAAAUAUUUUGUGAGGUGAGUGGGGAGAAAAGGCAGGAAACAGGAAACUUUUAACAUUUGGAAUAAAUUGAGUUUUGAUAA